AUGGAGAGCAUGGAUGUAGCACAAGAGGGAACGUCUGCAGCAUCGACGCCGGCAGGAGAAAAUGGCCCCGACAAGAAUGUUACGGCGGAAGAGAUGACUUCUAGGGACUAUUACUUCGACUCUUACGCACAUUUCGGCAUUCACGAGGAGAUGCUGAAAGACGAAGUCCGAACGCUCACAUACCGGAAUGCUAUGUACCACAAUAAGCAUUUGUUCAAGGGUAAAACAGUCUUGGACAUUGGCUGUGGCACAGGCAUCCUGUCCAUGUUCGCAGCAAAGGCUGGUGCAGCUAAAGUGAUUGCGGUGGAGUGCUCCAACAUUGUGGACUAUGCCCGCAAGAUCGUGGAGGCUAACAGGCUCAGUGACGUCAUUGAGAUCGUCAAAGGAAAGGUUGAGGAGGUAGAGCUCCCAGUUGACAAGGUGGACAUCAUCAUCUCAGAGUGGAUGGGCUACUGCCUGUUCUAUGAGAGUAUGCUGGACACCGUGCUGUAUGCUCGCGACAAGUGGCUCCGCGCUGACGGCAUGCUCUUCCCUGACAGAUGCACAUUGUUCAUCUGUGGUAUCGAGGACCGUCAAUACAAGGAUGAGAAGAUCAACUGGUGGGAUGAUGUCUAUGGUUUUGACAUGUCCUCAAUCAGGAAAGUGGCCAUCUCCGAGCCAUUGGUGGAUGUUGUUGAUGCUAAGCAGGUCGUGACUAACUCCUGUUUAUUGAAAGAAAUAGACCUGUACACAGUUAAAAAGGAAGAUCUUAACUUCGAAUCCAAGUUCCACCUUCAGGUGCGCCGCAACGACUUCAUCCAGGCGCUAGUGACAUUCUUCAAUGUGGAGUUCACGAAGUCUCACAAGCGGCUCGGGUUCAGCACGGCGCCCGAGGCUCCCUACACGCAUUGGAAGCAGACCGUCUUCUACUUCGACGACUAUAUGACUGUAAAGAAAUUCGAGGAGAUCACAGGAACGUUUUCGAUGCGCCAAAACGCGAGGAACAACCGUGAUCUUGAUUUUGAGAUAGAAAUCGACUUCAAAGGCGAACUGUGCCAGGUUCGAGAGAAGAAUCACUAUAGGAUGCGCUGA